CCCUGCACAUGGCGGCUGAGCCGCCUGCGGCCGCCAUGUCGGACUGGGAGGCGAGCAGCGACGAGGAGCUUGGCGCGCCGGACUGGCCGCGGGCCGCUGCUGCUGGGACGCUGUGCUGGUCGCCCAGCACCCCUUCGUGGGGCCGCGCAUCCGUGGAGGGCGGAGGGCGAUGGUGGAAGGGCACGGAGAGUCGCGGAGGGGAGGAGUGGAAGCCGCGAGGCGCUGAAGGCUCCGGCGGCCCGAGGCGGGCUGCGCGGCAGAGGCCGCCCCGAGCUGCGGCCGGCCAGGCUCGGGACUCUGCGGCCCCGCUCUGCUUCCACCUCGAUAGUGCCCUGGUCGGAGCUCUCAUAGGUCGGGGUGGAACUAAAAUUAAAGAACUUGAGGAUUCUUCAGGUUCCAGGAUAAAGAUUACAAGAGGAACCUAUGAAUCUGAAGUAAAGAUUUUUGGCAGCAUUGAUGUGCAAAACAAAGCCAAGAUGUUGAUUGACAAUCUUGUUACAAAUUCUGGACAAAAUUAUGUUAGAGGUGGGACGGAGAAAGGAAAAACCUUGGACAUUAUCAAGCCUGAAAAUAACCCAAAGAAACCAGUGAUUAACUGGGCCUCUCUUCGAGAAAACAGAGCCAAAUAUGAAUCUAUGAAGUGGGCAGGCUUGCCUCCAAUUGAGAAAAACUUCUACAAAGAAUCAUCCAGGACUGCAUCUAUGUCACAAGAAGAAGUGGACCUGUGGCGGAAGGAAAAUAAUGAUAUAACUUGUGAUGACUUGAAAGAAGGUGAAAAGCGCUGCAUUCCCAAUCCUGUUUGUAAAUUUGAAGAUGUGUUUGAGUAUUAUCCUGAUAUUAUGGCUAAUAUAAGAAGGGUCGGUUUUCAAAAGCCUACACCAAUUCAGUCCCAGGCGUGGCCGAUCAUACUUCAAGGAAUUGAUCUUAUUGCUAUAGCACAGACUGGCACUGGGAAGACAUUAGCAUACUUAAUGCCUGGAUUCAUUCACUUGACUUCACAACCAAUAUCCAAAGAUCAGCGUGGGGGGCCUGGAAUGUUAGUCCUUGCUCCCACUAGAGAACUGGCACUUCAAGUAGAGGCAGAGUGUUCAAAGUAUGCAUACAAAGGAAUUAAAAGUAUUUGCGUCUAUGGUGGUGGGGACCGGAAAGGACAGAUAGACACGGUUACCAAAGGUGUGGAUAUUGUUAUUGCUACUCCUGGCAGACUGAAUGAUCUUCAGAUGAACAACUUCAUAAAUUUGAAGAGCAUAACAUAUUUGGUUUUAGAUGAGGCUGACAGAAUGCUGGAUAUGGGAUUUGAACCUCAGAUAAUGAAGAUCCUAAUAGAUGUGCGACCUGACAGACAAACUGUUAUGACGAGUGCUACUUGGCCUGACUGUGUCCGUCGCUUAGCAAAAUCGUAUUUGAGGGAUCCCAUGAUUGUGUAUGUUGGCACUCUUGACUUAGCAGCAGUAAACACAGUACAACAAAAAGUUUUUGUUAUCCCCGAGGAGGAAAAGAGAGCUUUCAUGCAUAGUUUCAUUAAGUCUAUGAAGCCAAAAGAUAAGGUCAUCAUUUUUGUGGGAAAAAAGCUUACAGCCAUUGCUUUAUUUCACCGUAGAGCUGAUGACUUAGCAAGUGACUUUGGCAUCCAAGGAAUUCCAGUACAGUCACUUCAUGGCAACAGGGAACAAUGUGAUCGAGAACAGGCUUUGGAUGACUUCAAGAAAGGCAAAGUUCGAAUAUUGGUAGCUACUGACUUGGCAUCCCGUGGCCUUGAUGUGCACGAUAUUACUCACGUUUUUAACUUCGAUUUCCCUCGCAACAUUGAAGAAUAUGUGCACAGAGUAGGUCGUACUGGAAGAGCAGGGCGCACUGGGGAGGCAGUAACACUUGUCACAAGCAAUGAUUGGAGGUUUGCGUCCGAGCUGAUUGACAUUCUGGAAAGAGCAAACCAAGUAAGAAUACGUUACUGGGUAGUUCCUGAUGAACUUAUUGCAAUGGCAGAAAGAUACAAGCAAUCACAAAUGAGAAAAGAUAGUGAAAAGGAUAUACAAAGACCUUGGAGAAAGCCCUCAAAAUGAGUAUAAUCCCUUGAAGCAACUGAAACAGAGAAAGUUAUUUUAAUUAGUAUUAGCAUCCAUGGGCUUGAAUUUAUAAGUUUCAUUUUGUGUUUGAUUGUUUAAUAGGACAGCUACAGAAAACAAACUUCUCAAAAAUGUCUUAGAAAAGGAAACUGUUAUUAACUUUCUAUAGGAAUUAAUGUGGUUUUGCACUUGGAUACUAUUUUCACAUAAAAAUUAAUUUUUUUUGUGUGUGUGUGAUGUAUGAAACUUCUAAAGCCAUUAUCUGCUGGUAAAAAUCAAAUAUUGUGGCUUUGUUGGUUGGUUUGUUUUUUUUUUUUUAGUUAAAUGAAGUAAGAAUGUAAAGAUAUGUAAGAAUGUAAAAGAUAAUUUUUCCUUUUAUAUUCAGAGAAAUGGAUUGUUCAUUGUAAGCAAUGCUUGUCAAUGUAUUUUCAAAAUACUGUACCUUUGCCUUGACAUGCCACUGACAUGCAGAAGUAUUUCUCAGGAUAAUGAAAACUGCUCUGCUUGCCAUUACAUAUGUUUGCUGAAGCAAGUUUCCUUUAUUCUUAUUUUAAAAUUUAACAUUGGAAGUUGUGUCUCAAGAUUUUUUGAGAGGUCUGCAUUUUCUUGUAAUGGAGAGAGCAUGAUAAAGUACUUGUUUGUAGCUAAAUGAGGAAGAAGACCAGCUUCUACUCUGGUUUUUGUGGCUAUGUUCUAGCUUAAGGAACAAAACCAGAAUUUACUUAGAGCAAUGUUAACAAAGUCAUGGAGAAAAGAAUACAUUUGAAAGUCAGCUUUUAUUUCUUCCAGAUAAAGUUGAUUUACACUUUACAUUUGGAUGUCAAGUUCUGUCACACAGAUGCCCAGUAAUAAUGGGGCAUAUUUUCUACUCUUUCAAAUUUAUAUGGGAAUGAGUUAUUCCUUCAUUUGAUGCUUGGUCUGAACUUGCAUUUAUCUGUCAUAUGAUUAAAUAAAAAUAAACAAAAUUCAGUAAAAUUAAAAUCUUUUAGUAAAAUUACUCUGUGAAUAUUCUUCCCUCUUAAUUUGCUCAUAAUUUAGGUAAAUCUGGGCAUUAUUCAAGCCUGUAGGUUAUUUUGCCUUCAAAAUUAGGCUAAAAACAUGGACUUCUCAUGGCUUCUAUAAGUAGAAGCAAAAGACAUUUAUUUGCAGCACAGCAGUUCUCAAAUGCUGGGUACUUCUCACCUGCACAAUUUUAGUAAUAGGAAAUAUUAAAUACUUUUUUUUCCUAACACACAUUUCUUAAAUAUGAGAAAAAUGCAUAUGAAUUCAAUUUCAGGAGUGUCCAGUUCAUGCUGCAUUUUGGUUUUGAUAAACUUUUAUAUCAAGAUUCCUCCUCUUUGAUACAGGUUGAAAGAUGCAUUUCUUUCUACAUGAGUCAUCAUACAAAUAAAUGCUCAUUGGCACAAAACCA